AUGGUUCAUCGAUUCAACCGGGUCCCCUCAAGACCAGAUCGUUCAACUCUCGCUGAAUUAGCAGAGAUGCUAAACGAACUCUGUUGGGCGAUAGACCAGCGAAACCCCUUAUUAUUGAAUGGAGAAAAUAAUGAAUCAAAAACGAACUUCAAAUCACUUGCAAAUCUAUGUCUCCCAGAUGGCGAUGUUUCCCUCUUUCAUUGGAAUACAGAUACAACUGUGUUCUUCCAGAUUAAAGUCACACCAAACCUCGACCCUGUCCGCGAUCGACGAGCACGAGAAGCUCUACAACAUCUACACACAGCGUUUUACGUCGGACAACAAGGCGGAUCCCAUGUUCCAUAUCGAGUCGUCGAAGAUAGGGACGCCCACUAUACACAAUUAGCAUCAGGAUUCGCUGGCAAUAAUGUACAAGCUAUUCGACAAGCCUUCCGAGCACGAAACCUCUAUUGCGAAGCUAGAGAUUCACAACACAAUUUGUAUCAAGGACUUUUCUUGAAAGAUUUAUCCCAAGAAAAUAAGAUUUGA